AUGGUGAAGACUCGAAUUUCUGAAGACGAUGAGAAGGCCAUCAUCAUUGGCAUAGACUUUGGCACGACCUUCUCCGGUGUCAGCUGGGCCUACUCCGGUCAACCCGACAAUAUCGAGGUCAUCAGCCGCUGGGAAUCCAAGAUAAACCUCAACUCCGACAAAGAGAAAGUGCCCUCUUCCAUUCUUUUCCGAGGAAAACGCGGCAACUCUUCUUGGGGAUAUGCCAUACCCAGAGAUGCAAAGCAGGAGCCGUUGAAGUGGUUCAAGCUCUUGCUUGUUGAUGAGCGUGACCUUCCCGAGAACGUCCGAGAUUCUAGCCAGAUUGCUACGGCUAGGAGGCUGGCGAAGAGCGCCAACAAAGAGCCGGUCGAGAUCAUUAGCGGAUAUCUCCAGAACUUAUGGAAUCACGCCAUAGAGUGCAUUGUCAGCACAGUUGGCGAUGCAAUGGUCAAGAUGUGCCAGUUUCACAUCGUCAUAACUCUUCCGGCAAUCUGGCCGGAUUACGCCAAGGCCAGAAUGCGCAGAGCUGCUGAAGAAGCUGGCUUGCUGAAGUCCCGUCCAGCUGGAGAGACGAGCUUGUCCUUCAUCUCGGAGCCCGAAGCGGCAGCUCUUGCUACAAUGAAGGACUUGUCGAAGUUGCCCACCGCGGAGGUUGGUGAUCACAUCGUUGUGUGUGAUGCUGGUGGCGGCACUGUCGACCUCAUCACCUACGAGAUCCUGAGCUUGGAUCCCUUCAUCGUCCGAGAGGCUGUUCAGGGUGACGGCGACCUCUGUGGCGGCGUCUUCCUUGAUGAGGCAUUUGUCAACAUGCUUAAGGAGAAGGUUACUCCUCAAGCUUGGAACAACAUUCCGGAAGAGGAGGUCAGGAAGUUGUUGAAUGACGAAUGGGAGCACUGUAUCAAGCCUUCUUUCAAGAACCAGGAUGACGACUGGCAGAUCAAUCUUCCCCCUGAGUGUCGUGUUCCUGGAUCUCAACGGCGGGGUAUGAAGCGCAAGCGCAACCUCAUCCUUGAUCAGGCGGACCUGCUCAAAGUUUUUGAUCCUGUCGUCAACCAGACAAUCUCACUGGUAGAGAAGCAGAUCGAGGCUGUCAUGACGAAGACGGAGUCGAAGCCCAAGCAAAUCAUUCUUGUUGGGGGGUUUGGCAGAUGCCCAUACCUACGAAGCCGCCUCAAGGAAGAAGUCGGCAACAACAUUGAGAUUCUUCAAGGCUACGGAGCCAAGCCUUGGACUGCGAUUUGUCGGGGUGCAACUAUUCAUGGACUGACGCGCCGCAACCUCGCUCCUGGUCUUGCAGUCGAAAUCAAGUCUAGAGUCUCUCGGAUGAGCUACGGCACCUGCUGCACGAUUCCCUACGACCCCGAGGAACAUGAAGAGGAAGACAGAUAUUGGUGCGAAGAUGAACUCGCAUGGAAGGUCGAUACCUGCAUGGAGUGGUUUCUUGAGCGAGGAACCGAUGUCUCUUCUGCAGAUCCGGUUACCAAGUCUUACUAUCGCCUUUGGGAGUCAGUUCCUAGUCAGGUCGACGGAACGAUCUAUUCCAGCGAGGCGUGGCCUCCUCCGGAGAGAUUGGACCACCGCGUCAACGAGCUGUGCAACAUUACUUGGAAGAAGAAGAUCAACUUCGCGUCCCUUCCUCGCUUCACCAACCCCAUGGGCAAAGUCUUCGCAAUGAUAAACUACGACGUGGAGAUGGCCUGCUCCGGAAAGAGCGUGGACUUCACUGUCAUUCAUGAUGGCAAGCAGGUGGCAGCUAAGAAUGUUGACGUGGUCUUCAAGUCGGACGGGGACGAGUAA